AUGGGUGUUACGGAUUGUGUUUUUGACAAGAGAAAAGAUGACACCGCUCUCCGUGUUGUUUAUCAGGGAAACCUUUACCUCCACUGCAGCAGCUGUUGUAAGCGAUGGUUCAUCACCUUCAAUGGCGCCGAGUGCAGCGGUCCACUGCCUAUUGAUGUCGUUUGGUGGAAGGCAAGCGGUAGCCACCGGGACCGCAGCCCUGGAGCAAUAGAAGGCUACUGUGACAACAUUCACAGGGGAAAAAUCCGUGUUGGGAUCAACACUGGAAACUGCGCUGGCUAUGGAGACUCCAACGGUCAUACAGGCUGGAAUUCAGUGUCCCGCUUGUUGAUUGAAGAAGUCCCACGGUCCCAGUAA